AUGCCGCCAGCUUCCCAGAAUGGCUCGACGCAGAAGCAUCCUUCUCCCAGCUUCAAUGCCGGGGCUAGACCGUACAGGUCACACAAGGUUCGAGCGUGCGAUCUGUGCAGGAAGCGCAAGUCCCGAUGCACUGUUGAUAUUCCCGGUCAAUCGUGCCUAUUAUGCCGGGUUCAAGGCGCGGAUUGUCAUUACCAAGAGGAACCGGUUCCGGAUCCCUCGCUAUCGGACGCGCCAGAUGCCAAACGGUGGUCGGUUGACCAUGUCGGGGAAAGCUUGACUGCAGGGCAGAAGCGUAAGCGUACUCCCGACACUAUCUCUUCUCCCAACCCGGGUCGACGACGAGAGGAGAACUUCAGUCGGCCGCGGGCCUAUUCUGACAGUCGCGGGAGCGAUCGCAGACGCCAUGGAUUCGACGAUCCUCAUAACGAGUCAAUGUUGAUCGUCGGUCCGGUUGUGGCCGAUGAUGCCCAAGUCAUUGAGAAAUUCAUGCCUCCUGAGGAGCGUUCGAGCAAAUCGGUUGAGCCAAAAAGCCACCCGUACAACGUUUACUCAAGCGAUCCUAGAAAACCCAUCCUGUACACUACCGUCUCCAGACGAAGGCAGGGUAUGCGAGUUGGUGUACCUCCUGGAGAGAACCAGAAAGAAGUUCUUGAACAGAUUCUUGGACCUUUUAAACAUGAUUUAGUCAGACUUUUCUUGGACCGAUUCAAUGUCGCGUUCCCCAUUUUCGAUGGAGAGAGUUUCUGGGAAGCGUACAUGUCAGAAUCGCCAGGCGAACCACCAGCAUCACUUCUGUGUCAGGUGUACUCCAUGUCACUAGUUUACUGGAAACAUACACCAAAGCUCGCCUGUCAUCCCAAACCUGACGUGCGGUAUGCGGUCAAUAUGACAGUGGCUGCUCUCCACGAGGAAUUCUCCGCACCCGGCUUGUCGACCAUCAGCGCUGCUCUAGUGGAUCUGACAGGACGACCUAUCUUCUCGAUGACUGGUAACGCCAUCAGCUGCGGCCGCACUGUCGCUUUGGCUCAUUGUCUCGGUCUCAACCGAGAUCCGAGUCACUGGAAGAUAUCUCCGCAGGAGAAAAACAAUCGCAUCCGUCUCUGGUGGGGCGUCGUUGUACAUGACCGUUGGGGGAGCUUUGGCCAUGGAGUGCCUCCACAAAUCGCGAAGAAUCAAUAUGAUGUUCCUCUUCCCACUAUCGAUGUCUUAGUACCGCCCUCAUGCCGGACCACAGAACGGGUAAAGGCAGCCCACUGCCAUAUUGCGCUUUGCCGUUUGACAGAGAUCCUGGGAGAGUUGUUGCCGUUGGUAUAUGGUCUGCAGCACAGCCAAUUGCGCGAGAUUACCAAGAAACUUCGACAGAUUCGAACGGAUCUCGACAUGUGGGAAGAUUCUCUCCCCGACUGGCUCAGAACACCAGUAAGCAACAGCUCCGAGGUUCGCGUGUCGGGUAUCAGCAGCAUGCAGCUGGCCUUUCUGGCCCUCAAGAUGCUCAUUAGUAGGGUAGAACUCAAGGAGGUGAACAGCUCCGAGAAUGAUAACCCGGAAGCUCGCCGAUAUUUCCAGACAGAAUGUCGGAAAUCAGCAGAAGAGAUUGUCCAAUUCAUCUCCUCGCUGCGUAAGGAGAACUUCCAAGAAUUCUGGCUACCCUACAGCGCUUUCCAUCUCACAUCGACCGCCACGCUCCUCGUCCGCUGCGCGCUCGAAACCACCGACAGCGAAGUCGCACGCUCCUGCCUCGCCAACGUCGAGACCUUCCGGAGCAUCCUCCGCCGCGUCAGAGAGGAAGAGGACUGGGACGUCGCCGACAUGUGUCUGGACCACUGCGAGCGCAUCCUCAACCGACUUCCCGGCAACGGAGCCACUGUGGAAGCCACCCUGAAUCCGGCCGGCCAUUACGACAACCAGAUCGUGAACCCGGCCGCCAUUUCGCUCCCGGAAACGCAGACGAACAAUGACAUCGUCGACGAUAUGAUGUCAAUUUCGGGCACUUUUGGGACUAUGGAUGGUUUUCCAUUUGAUAUGACGGGGAUCUGGGACGUGUCUGUCUUUCAAGAUGUAAACCUCACUUAG